AUGUUUGUUGCAGCGAGGGAGCAGUUGAGGCGAUCCAGACACAGCAGAACCUUCCUGGUGGAGAGUGGAACCGGAGAACUGUGGUCGGAGCUGCAGACUGGUGGUGGAAAUUUCCAUCAAAUCAACUUUAAGCAACUUAAAGAGCAAACCAAGCUGCCUGUGAGCGCCACUCACACUAAAAGUAUGAACGGAUCCACUGUAAACUCUUUUUCCUCCAAAGGAUAUAUUUGGAAUGACUGUGAUCCUUAUUAUGAUGAUGACAAUGAUGGUGCUGGCAAAUUAGGGGGUCCUUCUGCUGGCUUCAUCAUCCUCCUCACCACUUACUGCUUUGAAUUCCUCGUUGGUGGUCCGUUAAACCUUUGGCUCAUGUUCCACAUCCUCGGCCAAAGUGUUAAUGUGCUGGCUGUCGUGACCUUCCUGUCCUCCAUGGUGCUCAUCAUGAAGCCUCUGCUGCUCUGCCUGUCGUGUGUGGAGGGGUACGUCGCUGUGGUGCGACCCAUCCUCUAUCUACGGAUCAAGGAGCGUGGGUACAGGUGGCCAUGUUUGGGUGUCUGCUGGUGCAUUUACAUCAUCCUGGCGAUCUCUUCUAUUGUUCAGCGCUCCAUCUUCACCCUGUGCCUGGUGUUCCUCCCUACGUUCAUCAUAGACACCUUCUGCACCCUGUAUGUUCUCAGAGAAUUAAAAAAAACUCCCCCGUCUUCACAAGUUGUGAGGAUGGAGGAGAGGGAAGAAGGAAGGGCGGAGGAAAAGGAAAAGGAAGUUGGAGGUAGCAAGCCGAGGGAAAAAGGAAAGAUGAAUUCCAUGAAGAAGAAAGCCUUUGUGACCUUUGUCAUCAUCCAGGCCGUCGUCUCUCUCAACUACCUCCCCCUCAUCAUCACCAUGACGAUGGAGGGGAGGUUUUCAGCUGUUGUGAUGAAGUGUCAGUACCGGACCUCUGGUCUGGCUGCUGCCGCCAGCUGUAGCUACCUGCAGCCGCUGCUCUACCUGCACCGACUGGGCCGGCUGCUGUGCUCAGGAAACACCCGCUGAAACCCCCAAUAUCUCAACAGGGUUACCUUACUUAAUUCCCAUCUCUGCUGUGGGAUAACAACCAUAAGCUUAUACAUUUCUAAAGCACAUUCAUAUCGUUUGAAGGCAGCAGCAAAACAUAUUUUGUCUUUCAUAAAAAAAAUCAGAGGGUGGAUUGCUUAACUUCUUUAUUAGUACUUCUGUUUCCUCCUCCAAACCUUCUUAUUAUACAUCCAUGAUUUUAUCAUCAUGCGCUAAUGAGCAACUCUAAUAAGAAUGAAUGAGGCCCCGCCUCCCACGCUGUAUCCAGUUCUUAUUAUAAUACAUCCAUGGUUGAGAGACGCCGUCGAGGAACAGUUUUUAACCGUACACGUACACAUACAAAUCGUACAAGUACCCUUUAAGUUAUGAAGUUAUAUACGCAUUAUCAAGAAAGAAAGAAUACGUUGUUUGUUAUUUUAUUUAUUAUACCUAAAGCCAGUUGAGUAGCACUUGAAAUGUUUGGCUCUAUGAAACCUGAUAUACUUAUAUGAUUCUGUUUUCUUCAAGGUUGUGUCUUCCUGGUCGAAUGUACUUAUUGUAAGUCGCUUUGGACAAAAGCGUCAGCUAAAUGCAAUGUAAUGUAAUGUAAUGUAUUUGAGUUGUGCUUAUUUCUUUUGAAUAUUGUAAAGGCCUAUUCUUUGUUGCAUGUGCAAAAGUUUGUUAUUUCAUUUUGAGCAAACACAUCGCAACAUCAUCUAACCAUCGGAGGCCAAGCAACACAAGUAACUGAGUCCAGUAAAGUUAGAACGAUAUUAUUCGGAUUUCACUGAUCAAUAACUCAUGAACAAGACGUUGUUCAGACACAAAUUACGUCUCCUAAGCACUCCUAAGUACCGGUUGACAACGAACUACAAUCACAUUUUCAUCAAAAAAAGCCAAUACGUGCCGUGACGUCCUUCAAGCCAUGGACACAUUACAUUGGUCUCUAUCUGCAGCCGGAGAAGAAACGAGUGCUCAGGGACCGUCUGCAAAGUGCAACUCCGAAAAAAGAUAAUACAAUAAUAUUCAAUCACUAUUAUACAUCUUAUGUCUACCAAACUCACCACACACAUCAAUAGUCUCCUGGUGGUCAUACUACAGCAAGAAGUUUGGAAGAAUAUGCUUUUGAAUAAUUUUGGUGAAUAUUUAUAAUGUAAAAUCUUCAAUAAAUAUUGCAUCAUCUUCAAUAACUUGACUAUUAUACAGUACAUUUCUACCAAACUCACUACACACAUCAAUAGUCUCCUGGUGGUCAUGCUACAGUAAGAAGUUUGGAAGAAUGUGCUUUUGAAUAAUUUUGGUGAAUAUUUAUUUAAAAAGAAAAAAGCUUUGCUAAAGAUUUUGGGCAACUGAAGUAAUGAUUAAUAAUCACCUGUCCAUAGUUUUAAAUUGUUAUAUUCUUAAUUAAGAUGUUAAAUGUAUUUUCCCUUACAGAUUAGUCACAGAUGUUCAUGAUGUUUUCCAUGUCAGACAUUAGAUUGUAGAUGUAUUCAUUAACAUUGUACAAUAAGAUAGAUGAGCUCCACAAAUCAUGUGAAACCCAGAUUUGGCACAAAAAAGGGGGAAUACACGUUUCGCAAUUAUGCCACAUCAAGGUGGAACGCUCUUC